AAUCAAACAAACAAAUUCUGUGUGCAACACUGACUUCAUGUACUCAAGCAGAGAAGACCUCCCCAGGGAAUCAACAGUCUCCUGGUCUGCAGAGCAGACAGAAGCAACAUGAGCACAGCAGGAAAGGUAAUAAAAUGCAAAGCAGCUGUGCUGUGGGAGUUAAAGAAACCCCUUUCCAUUGAGGAGGUGGAGGUCGCACCCCCUAAGGCCCAUGAAGUUCGUAUUAAGAUGGUGGCCACAGGAAUCUGUCGCUCAGAUGACCAUGUGAUUGCUGGAACUAUUACCAUGCCUUUCCCAUUGAUUCUAGGCCAUGAGGCAGCCGGCAUCGUGGAGAGCAUUGGAGAAGGAGUGACUACAGUAAAACCAGGUGAUAAAGUCAUUCCACUCUUUCAGGCCCAGUGUGGAAAAUGCAGAACUUGUAAACACCCUAAAAGCAACUCAUGUUUGAAAAGCGACAUUAUUAGCUACAAGGGGACCUUGCUGGAUGGCACCUCCAGGUUCACCUGCAAGGGGAAGACCAUCUACCACUUCUUGGGCACCAGCACCUUCUCCCAGUACACAGUGGUGGAUGAGAUCUCAGUGGCUAAAAUUGAUCCCUCUGCACCACUGGAGAAAGUCUGCCUCAUGGGCUGUGGAUUUCCAACUGGUUAUGGCUCUGCAGUCAAAGUAGCCAAGGUCACUAAGGGCUCCACCUGUGCUGUGUUUGGCCUUGGAGGCGUUGGUCUGUCUGCUGUCAUUGGCUGUAAAGCAGCAGGAGCAGCCAGGAUCAUUGGAGUGGACAUCAACAAAGACAAAUUUGCAAAGGCCAAAGAAUUGGGUGCCACUGAGUGCAUCAGUCCUCAAGACUAUGACAAACCCAUCCAUGAGGUGCUACAGGAUAUGACCGACGGGGGAGUGGAUUUUUCAUUUGAAGUCAUUGGUCGCCUGGACACCAUGGUUUCUUCCCUCUUAUGCUGUCAAAAGGCCUAUGGUGUGAGCGUCAUUGUGGGAGUGCCUCCUGAUUCCCAAAGCCUCUCAAUGAACCCUAUGAUGCUAUUGACUGGACGCACCUGGAAAGGAGCAAUAUUUGGUGGUUUUAAGAGUAAAGAUUCUGUCCCCAAACUUGUGGAUGAUUUUAUGGCUAAAAAGUUUCCAUUGGAUUCAUUAAUAACCAAUGUUUUAUCUUUUGAAAAAAUUAAUGAAGGAUUUGACUUGCUUCGCUCUGGAAAGAGUAUACGUACCAUUCUGACAUUUUGAGACCGUACCAAUGCCUUCCCUUGCAACAGUCUUCUGAUUCCUCCAUACCACAGCAUCUAGAGACCUGCC